UGUUUAUUUAGCUUGUAUUACCAUUCCCUGCUCAGUCCAGAGGAGUGCUGACAGUGAGACCAGGCUUUUCUGGUUUAUAAGGAAGUGUGAGAUAAUGCAACAGACCGUUUUUGUCAUGAGUGUCCAGGACAGAUAGCACUAUCUCCAGACAUGUGGGCAAGGAGGCCACAGCUAGCCCUUCUGUAUCUUCUGGUGUGGGGAUAUCAAGUUUAUGGGCUUCCAGAUCAUGAAAUUGUCUUUCCAAAGCGAGUGGUGAGCAGGGUGAGGAGGAAUACGGGCCGGGACAACACGGAGCAACUGGAUGAAAAUAUAUCCUAUAACAUCCCAACUGUGAAUGGUACUCUAAUACUGAAUCUGCAAAGGAAUAGAGGGUUUGUGAGCAAAGACUUUCAGCACUUUACCUACAGCGAAGACGGAGGACUGCAGGCCCUCAAUCGCACAGUACCGCAAUACAAUUGUUAUUACCAUGGACAAGUGGAAGGAAUGGAAGACUCGGUUGUUGCGAUCAGCACUUGCAACGGGCUCAGGGGAGUCAUGCACCUAACUGAGGUGCAUUAUGGGAUUGAGCCAGUGGAGAAGUCAUUACAUGGAGAGCAUCGGCUAUACCACCUAGAAAAGGACAGUGAACCAUCCACGUGUGGUGUGGGGGACUUCAUGGAGACCCCACACACAACAUUUCCUUCCCAUUAUCAUCUCCACAGGAUGAAGCGAGCGGUUCUUCCAACUACCAAUUAUGUGGAGCUUUGUAUAGUGGUGGAUAAUCUUAGGUACCAGAUUGAUAAUUCCAACAUCACAGCAGUAGAAGAUGAGACGAUACAGCUGGCGAACAUUGUUGAUGGGAUGUAUGAGCCCCUGAACAUCCGGAUAGUCCUAAUUAAUUUGAUUACAUGGACCACUGGCAAUCCCUUUGAUGUAACCACAGGGUCAGCUGGAGAUGUGCUGGGGAGAUUUUCACAAUGGAAGGGUGCAACGCCGAAUCUAAGGAGAUGUGACAUCUAUCACCUGCUCAUAGGGCAUGGUGCUUUCAGCGGAGGCGUCGUUGGCAUGGCAUUUGUUAGCACGGUCUGUUCACCCAGUUAUGCCACCGCCAUCAGUACGUUCAGCGCAGGCAGCACGCCUUCCACACAAGCCACCAUAGUAGCUCAUGAACUUGGGCACGUCCUGGGAAUGUCCCACGAUGAUGGUCGAUGCCCAAACACCUAUAUAAUGAACAGUGUAGACGGAGGCGCAAAGUCUUUCAGCUCCUGCAGUUUAAGUGAUUUUGAAGCUUUAAUCGUGAAAGGAGGUGGUAGCUGCCUUCUGAAUCCUCCGGAUCCAAGCGAGGUCCUCAGUGUGCCUCUAUGUGGGAACAACAUAGUAGAAACUGGAGAAGAGUGUGACUGUGGGACUCCGCAGCAAUGUACGAACCCAUGUUGCAUCGCUGCCACCUGCAGGCUAACUAGUGGAUCUCAGUGUGCCCAAGGAUUGUGUUGUGACAAAUGCCAGUUCAAGGUCGCAAGUACAGUUUGCCGUCCUGCUGCUGACUCCUGUGAUUUUCCGGAGUACUGCAAUGGGUCACAUGCCCUGUGCCCUGUAGAUGUGUAUUUAAUGAAUGGAUAUCCUUGCAACAACUUACAGUCUUAUUGCUAUGGUGGAGUAUGUCAGACCUACGAUGCACAGUGCCAGACUCUUUUUGGCCCAGGUACUAGAAAAGGGAAUGAUACAUGUUUUCAGGUCGUAAAUCUUCAAGGAGAUCGUUAUGGGAACUGUGGGAUGGUGUCGGGAUCGUACACAAAAUGCACACUUAAUAACGCUCUCUGUGGGAAAAUACAGUGUAUGGGAAACUUUAAUUCUACCUUGGCACAAAGCAUCAUUAUCAGGAACCUAGGCGGACUGCAGUGCCUCGGUGCAGACUUUAACCUGGGCUCCGAUGUACCUGACCCUGCCCUUGUACACCAGGGAACUGCCUGCGGAGAAGGCAUGGCCUGUGUGAACUAUGCAUGUGUUAAUGCUACAAAUUUGGGAUUCAACUGUGACAUCAAAGGAAAGUGCAAUAACAACGGGGUUUGCAAUAACAAUGGGAACUGCAACUGCAAUGAUGGCUGGGCACCCCCGUACUGUGACAGAUCUGGCUAUGGUGGAAGUAUUGACAGUGGCCCUCCGCACAGUCCUCCAGGCAAUGCUUUACGAAAUGGACUGCUUAUCUUCUUUCUGCUCGUUGUGCCAAUUCUCAUCCUUAUAGUUGUGAUGUGGAUAAAGAGUGAUGCGAUUAGAAGAAGGUUUUGCCGAAAGAAAAGACAUAGAGGAGGAGACAAUCAGAGACCAGCACAAACCAACAACGGGAAUCACAAUGCUGCUAGUAACAUACCAAGGAACCAGGACAGUAACUUUUCUGAUGUCUUUACCAUAUCCCAUCAUUUUCCACGCAGACCACCAGUGCCUGCUUCAAGACCACCAGUGGCAGCUACAAGGCCACCAAUGCCUGGUACAAGACCACCAGUUCCUGGUACAGGGCCACAGCCACCACUCCGACCUCCUUAUCCUCCCCGACAACCUACAGCUCCGCAAUACAACUGGUAGCCUAACGCCUGACAGCCGCUCACAUUGGACUAUGUGCUUCAGAAUCAUGUACAGUGCAUCAGUCAUGUACCUGACAAUGGUCAGGAAAGAACCUGAUAUUAAUACUUGUGCCAACAGAAACAAUAACACUUCCCAGAAUCCUCUUGACAACGGUGCUAUCUUCAAGAAGAAAAAAAUAUAUAAAUAAUUAUAAAACAUGAAGGAAACACAGUAUGACUGGAACCAAAGUAUUUGACUGAUUAUUUUGAAUGAAUAUCACUUUUACAUGCACAAUAAUGAAGUUUACGUUUUGAAUCGAUUGUAUUUUCUUGAUAUGUUGUAGAAAUUGGAGGCAUACGCUUGUGAAAUAUUUCUUCGCCUAACCGCUUGUGACUGUAUUACAUUUCUCCAGAACUAAAGUUGUAAAAGAUAAAAUCACUGCAUGCCUCGUGCUUGGUCCCUGGUAAAUUACUAAGCUGCACUAUUUUCAGUUUUGGUUAAGACUAAAAAUGGCUGCCUCCAGUGUGCAGAAGGGAUGGGUCCUAAUUAACACAAACUACAGGAGGUGUGAUUUCAGGAAGCUUGUUAUAUAUGGAAAAGUUAAAAUAAA